AUGGUGCCAUUGCCGCUAUUCAAGCUCGGAGCACUGUUUCUGAGGCACGUUUCCAAAUAUGGUGCUAAUCACAUCAAGAAGCAAGCCCACGACCAUGCGCGCUUCCGCGCCUUUGCCGCUCGCUACGGCCAGAUGAUGCACCAGUUGAAUAUGAGAAUGUCGGUGGCGCUACUUCGGGACGUCGAGGCGGAGCGGCGCGCCAAGGAAAAGGCGGAGGCGCCAACGGUCAAGACGGAAGCGCAGACGCGACGCGAGGAGGAAAAGGAGCGGGAAAAGGAGCGCAAAAAAGCCAGCGGAACGACUUCGACGACUUCGACGACGACAACGACACAGGGAACGACGACAACAGGGACGACGACAACAGGGACGACGACAAAGGGGACGACGACUGCAAAGCAAUCGCAAAAACCAAGGAGGCAGCCGUUUCAAAACAUUUGGACACGCAAAUUUCGCGCGUUACCCGAGGAAAAGGCCGUGGACCUGUUUGCCGACGUGAUAGGCGACACAUUCAUCUUGGGGGUGGCGGUCGCACUGAUCCUGUACGAGUACUGGCGCGCGCAGCAGAAGCCAGACAGCAACAAGGAGCGCAUCGAGGAGCUGGCGCGGCGCGUCGAGGCGGGCGACGAGGCGCUGCGCGAGGCCGAGGAGAGGCACCGGCAGAGGCUUGAGGCGCUGGAGACGGCGCUGCGGUCGCUGCAGGAUCCGAAGACCAAGAAGCCGCUGUUGCCAUCGUUGCAGGAACCGAAAUCUGAGAAGCCGCUGUCGCCGUCGUUGCAGGAAGCAGCUCCGACAGGGUAA